AUGUCGCUCCACACACCCGUAUUCGCCGGCCUUGGCUCCGAUGUACUCUUCUCCAAGUCUAGCUUCGACGCGUCGGCGGGUGAUGCGUUACUACCCGAGUCUCAGCUUCUCUUACAGGCUUGCCAUGCCAUCUUCCACACUGAAAUCUCUCACGCCAUACGCUCCGGCAUUCUGUCGCGUGAUAUUGAUCUUCAGGACUUUGAGACACCAGAAAAGGUCCUUGCACCCAACGAACGCUACCAUGAAAACGUGGUGGUACAACACACUACGUUAUAUGUCUCGCAGAUCCUCAGAUACCUCGGGCAGCUAUCGCAACCUAGCGAAUUGCUCGAAGUCGCUGGCUUUUGCGCCGGCCUGCUCCCGGCCAUGGUGGUUUCGACAUCUCACAAUCCUAUUGAAUUUCUGUCUCGAGCUCAAGACCUCUUCUACGUGUCCAUCUGGCUAGGUAUCCGUAGCGAAAGUUAUCGGAAGUCUUACUUGGCCCUUCACACUUGUAAGCCUAGCCUUCCUUGGAGCAUUGUUGUCGACGGCAUCAAUGCCGAACAUGCGAAAGAAAUCAUCGCCACCUCGGCAUCGCAGACCGACCAAACUGUCUUUGUGACUGCUUUGAAUUCACCCAAUUGCGUGACCUUGAGCGGAACUGGAGAACAGCUUCAGAACUUCCUUUCCACUCAACUCCCUCCCAAGUGCCGCACCCGGGCGACCAACGUGCGCUCGCUGUACCAUGUCUGCGACAGGCUUGCUCCUCUUAAACAAACUAUAUAUGAGGAUCUUCAACAGCGAUGCCCCUCGAUGUCAAACUCUGUAGCUUUCGUUGCGCCGUUGCUCUCCACAAUUGACGGACAACCAGUCAACUGCGGCGAAGCAGGAACUCUAGGUAAUGUGAUUAACACCAUUCUGGACCUGAUAAUGCUUCAUCCUGUCGACUGGGUCUCAGUUCAAAAUUCAAUCUUCGCUGGCGUAAACAAGGCUUCUUCAUCUGCUGCUGAAGGAACGACGAUUAAUAUUUUGAACAUGGGUCCCGGCUAUGGCAUGUCAACGUCUGCUUUCCCACUACCAAGUAACGUGAAAAUACGUGAUGUGAUGUCACUCUCUAGCGCUCCCAAAUCCUACCGCGAAGCUUCCACACUGGACCCAGACGAUAUUGCGAUUGUUGGGAUGGCCGUCGACCUUCCGGAUGCGCCUGAUGUUGACUCAUUGUGGAUGAAUUUGCUUGCUGGCGUGAAUUCAUGCUCAGAGAUACCAGAGUCGAGGUUUCAUAUAGAAGACUUUUACCACGCAAAAGAGCUGAAGAAGGGUAGUGCUAAGCGCUCCCUCAACACAAGAUACGGUAACUUCCUUCAGAACCCGUUUCAAUUCGAUAAUGGCCUAUUCGAUAUAUCCCCACGUGAAGCGCGCUCAAUGGAUCCGCAGCAGCGUGUAAUGCUGCAAACUGCAUUUAGAGCACUCGAAAAUGCAGGCUAUGUUCCGGAUUCAACGCCUUCAAACAGUCGUGCUACUUUCGGGUGCUGGAUCGGCAACGCCACGCUAGAUUAUGUUGCGAAUAUGAAGGACGACAUUGAUGUUUACUACAGCCCAGGCACAUUGCGAACCUUUCAAAGCGCACGCAUCUCGUACGUCUUUGGUUGGAGCGGCCCGUCCAUAACCCUGGAUACAGCGUGCUCGUCUUCUGUAGUUGCUCUGCACCAGGCCGCCAGAUCGAUAAUUGCCAGAGAUUGCAGGGCCGCACUCGUUGGCGCCGUCAAUACGAUCACGAGUCCCGACAUGUACCUUGGUCUUGACCGUGCACAUUUUUUGAGCCCAUCAGGUCAAUGCAAGGCGUUUGAUGCGUCUGCGGAUGGGUAUUGCCGUAGUGAAGGCUGCGGCGCUUUUGUCAUUAAAAAAGUCAGCGAUGCCAUAGCGGAUGGUGACCGAAUUCAUGCAAUCAUCAAAGCUGUGGAGAUUAAUCAGAGUGGCAACACCCACUCCAUUACGCAUCCUCACGUCCCUACACAAGAAGAGUUGUUCAAACAUGUGCUUCGGAAAACCCGGAUUGACCCUCACAUGGUCUCUGCUGUUGAACUGCACGGCACUGGAACCCAAGCUGGAGACCCAGUGGAGCUGCACAGUGUGCGGCGUGCCUUAUGUCAGGACAGAUCGCCGGAUAAUCUUCUUCACUUGACAUCUAUCAAAGCGAACAUUGGCCACUGCGAAGCUGCUUCUGGGGCUGCUGGGCUGGCGAAGCUGGUUCUUAUGAUGAAACAUAAUCGCAUCCCCCCCCAAAUUUCCCUCAAGGUACUAAAUCCACGCAUUCAAAAGCUCGGUGAUGAUGGUGCUGUCAUUGAUAAAGAGGGAGCCCCUUGGCCACAAAUCCGUGGACAGCCACGUAUGGCGAUGCUAAACAACUUUGGCGCCGGAGGAUCCAACGGAGCUGUCCUCUUGCAAGAGUACAUCCCAACUCAACAAAAGACCGAGUUGGGAAGCAGCGGGCCGCUUAGCUACAUAUUCGGUUGUUCCACUAAGGGCAUGGCUUCGCUAACAAAGCUUCGUGAUGAAAUCAUCUCGUAUAUUAUGAAUAAGGGCAGGUUAGAAUCGCUUCGAGACAUUUGUGCGACAAGCACAAGCCGUCGUCAGAUCUAUGAUAUGCGUAUCGCUGUUGUCGCGACAUCCUCCAAUGAUCUGGUAGAGAAGCUCCGAAACGCGACACCUCACCACAUCUCCGAUUCAGUAGUCAAAGACCCGACAGCUGUUUUCGUUUUCUCUGGCCAGGGCUCACAGUACUUGGGCAUGGGCGCUGAACUUAUGGAAAACUACCCAAGUUUCGCCAGGACUGUGUGGGAAUGUGACGCCUAUCUCAAAGAACGCGGCUAUCCCGGAUGUGUCCAAAUUAUCACUGCUGCCGAUGAACAAAACGGACUUGAGCACCUCACGGAGUGUACUAGACUGCAAGCGUUUCAAUCAGCGAUAUUCGUUUUAGAAGUUGCCCUUGCGCAACUACUGAUGUCCUGGAACAUUGUUCCAAGUGCGGUCGUAGGCCACAGCCUUGGAGAAUAUGCUGGUCUAGUCAUUGCUGGAGUUCUCGAUACCUUCAGCGGGCUCAGUUUGGUCGCUCACCGUGCUAAGUUGAUGAUGGAGCAAUGCCAGCUUCAAACAACUUCUAUGCUUGCUGUCAAUGCUGCUGCUGCCACUGUGCAAGGUCUGAUCCAAAGCACAGAGCUUUUCCCUUGCUUGUCAAUCUCAUGCGACAACAGCAUAAACGAUUGCGUUGUUGGUGGCCCAAUACAGGAGCUUCAAGUCCUCAAGGAGUAUCUUCGUCAGAACCUCAAAGUUAAGAGCAAGAUGCUCGAUGUGCCACUGGCCUACCACACAAAUGCAAUGGACCCCAUCCUCUCCGAGCUUACCCAGUUCGUCUCCACGAUUGCUCUAGAUCGACCAAAGAUUCCUGUGGUCUCGAACGUUCUCGGACGUACAGUUGAAGUCGGCGAAACUGCCUUUACUGAAGAGUACUUUGCGUCACACUGUCGAGGGACUGUCAAAUUCCACAAAGGAGUUCAAGAAUUCCUUACCACCAAUGUCGGAUCAAUGGCCACGAGAUGGAUAGAGAUUGGCCCGCACCCGUCAUUGCUGCCCAUGCUGGGUACGUGCGUUGACAAAGGAUCUGUCGACCUCCUUCCUACUCUGCGGAAAGGCAAUUCACCUUCAAGCACCAUGGCACAGCUUUUGUGUAAUUUCUAUAUUACUUCUACCGGCAUCAACUGGGGUAAGCCGUUCGAUGGCGCGUCCAAACCUCGCCUCGUUGACAUACCUGGCAUUCCAUUCUCGAAAGAAGAGUUUGGCAUCCACUACCCAUCUGAAUCGACAGUCAAAGAGAUUGAUACCGAGACUAUCCGAACCGUCACUCGAAGCGACAGUUUCAUCGCCAAGACGGUGAAGCAGCCAGCAUUAGAUGAUGCAUCCGCGAUUUAUGAUACGCCGUUGUAUCUGCUCAAAGACUUCAUCACUGGGCAUUUGGUUGCCGAGCAUGCCCUUUGUCCUGCAUCGGUAUAUCAUGAGAUUGCAUUGUCGGCAGUAAAAGACCUCGAGCCCGAAUCGGCGCCAGCCUAUGUCUGGAGUUUGUCUAAGGUUACCUAUGUUGCGCCGUUGCUGCAUCAUGAUGAGCCCUCUGCAACGGUGCGAGUCAUACUCAAGCCUCUUCACGGCUCUCACGGGUCAUAUGAGUUUGAGAUACUCUCUUACAACAAUACAAUUGGCGCAAAUCAUGGCACGGCGCACUGCAAGGGAGUCUUGAAGCGCAAAUCAAGUUCGACGCUGCAGAUGAAGUAUGCCCGCGUCGCCCCCAUGCUGAUUCGCAAAACGCAACAGAUGGUCUCAAACACGGCUCAGGCCUGGCAAGAGAUCCUCAUGAAGAGAGCCAUGUACGAAAUUGUAUUCACUAGAGUAGUCACCUAUUCAGAGCCGUACCAGCGGGUCCAGUCAAUUCGAAUUGAUGGAGCCAGCGGGGAUACCCACGCCAUCUGUCUCUAUCCCGAUAACCGCCUUGGCGCUACUGGACUGCCCGCUGCGAACGCCAUUUUCAUGGAUGUCCUGUUACACGUCGCAGGUUUCGCCGCCAAUCUCAGGGUCGGCACUCAGAUUUUGUGCAUGUGCAAGGAAGUGACAACCGCCACUGUCCUUAGGACUUCUCUCGCUCCUGGAGAAAAAUUCGAGGUGUAUUGUACCCUUGAUAAUGUCGUGAACGAGGGCUUGGCGAUUGCGGAUGCCUAUGCUUUUGAUUCCCAAGGAGUUUUGGCAGUGUUUAAAGGCAUGGUAUUCCAGCAGAUUGAGCUCCCCAAAAUUGGCAGGGCACUCGCCAUCACCGCAAAGAAGCUUUCUGGGGGCUCCGUCCACCAAGCUGCAGUAGCAGCGGCUGUGAAAUCUCAUGCUCCCUCAGCUCCAGAUGCGGCCCAGGUUCCAAUAUCUGAUAAAUCUAGACCGUCGGUCAGGACGAUGAUUGCUACUACUUGUGGAGUGGAUCCAUUAGUACUCUCAGAGGCUACAGGCCUUGACAGUCUUGGAUUUGAUUCGCUCAUGAUGAUCGAACUGCAAUCUGAGGUUUCAACUCAGUUCCCCCAAGCUAACGUCUCCAAGUUGGAGGGUCAAUCACCCCCCCCUUCAGGGCUUUCGACUAGCUCGACUUCCAGCUCCUCCAGCACUCCCCCAAGUGUGGUGGCCACGCCAAUCAGCAAGAGAGAUGUUUCUGCGAUCAUCGCCGAUACAUGUGGAACCAGUCCAGACACUAUUUCGCCAAGCUCGAAUCUCCAACAUCUCGGUAUCGACUCUCUCAUGAUCUUGGAGCUUGAAAGCCGCCUCGAGGAGAUCUUCAAAGACGGUAAUACCGCAUCUGCUGCAAACCUUUUGAACUGUCGUACCGUUGGUGAUGUUGAAAGAUUGCACAAAAUGCACAAGCAAAUCAAAGAGGCGACGUCUUUUCCUUCGCAAAACAACUCGUGCAAAGAAUCUAAAAUGAAUCCCUCCACCGUCCUGAAGCUUGAUGCCAUCAUGGUGCAGAAGGUUACGCGCGCUCUGAAGCUCUCCGAACAACCUGAAGUCAUUAUAAGUGGCGCGCCUGGCAGUCCCGACGCUCUGCCAUUAUUUUUGGUUCACGAUGGUAGUGGGGUCUGCAUGCAGUAUCAUCGCUUGCAGUCACUCAACCGCCGGGCUUACGCGCUACACGAUCCCAGGUUUAUCAACACAGCUGAUGGAUGGUCCAGCCUCCGCCAUAUGGCAGAAAGCUACGCUGACACGAUCCACCAUACUACCGAUGGCCCUUGCCUUGUAGGUGGUUGGUCCUUUGGCGGGGUCGUCGCUUUCGAGGCGGCAAGGAUCCUAAUGGCAAGAAACCAUGUCGUAAAAGGCAUUAUCCUUAUCGACUCGCCGCCUCCAUUGGCACAUCAACCUCUCUCAGCAGACAUCAUCGAGGCCGUCAUCGGCAGCGUAGAGACCUCGCCAAAUGCACUAGGCAAAGCAAUCCGACAACUUACGCAUCGGAGCUUCUUGUCAUGUGCAUCCUUGUUGGGCGCGUACAAGCCUGCGCACUUCUCGCAUAGCCCAACACCACCUGCCAUUCUACUCCGUUCUGUUGACGGCUGGCGCCGAGAUGGAGACACUAGCGACCCGCGAGGUGUCAUGAACCCCAAAUCCAUUGAGAACGCUUGGCUGCAGGACAGAUCAGACGCAAGGACGGCUACAAAGGACUGGGAGAUAGUAACUGGAACUACAGUGCGCUGCUUCGACAUCCCGGGUAACCACUUUCAGGUUUUCGAUGUGGCGAACGUUCAGGCUGUGUCGGAUAUUAUGGUAAAGGCGUGUGCCUUGUUAGAAGGGCCUCUUUGA